AUGAUGUCACUUAUAGAUCUGGACGAUGAUCAGCGAUGGGUGCCCACUCAUGUGAACAUCACCGUCCUCCGAGCCAGAGGGUUGCGCACCAAGGGCAAGCACGGCAGCCGAUACCUCUACACCAGCAUCCAGGUGGGGAAGGAGAAGUACACCACCGGGCUGGUGGAGAAGGCGGAGGUGCCCGAGUGGAACGAGGAGUGCUGCUUCGAGCUGCUCCCCGGGAUCCUGGAGGAGGGAGGCCGGGGAGACUACCCCCCUCUGAGCGGAGACCUGGUCCUCACGGUCAUGCACCGGGUCCUGAUAGGACUGGACGUGUUCCUCGGGCAGACCAUCAUUCCUCUGGAUAAGAUAUUUCAGGAGGGGAUGUGUCCUCGAGAUGAAUGGUUCAAGCUCAACUCUAAGGCGGGCAGAAAGGAGAAGGAACGUGGUGAACUUCAGGUUACAGUUCAGUUUACUCGCAACAACAUGACGGCCAGCAUGUUCGACCUCACCAUAAAGGACAAACCUCGCUCUGCCUUUGGUAAGCUCAAGGACCGCGUCACAGGGAGGAAGAGGGGGGACAUGGAGUCGUCCUCGGCCAUCGUGCCGGGCCGCUACGCCGCCCUGUCGGGAAACCUGGGACAACUUGGAGAGGAGGGGGGCGGAGGGCCGGCAGAGCAACGAGAUGUGGAGAUAGCUGAAGAGAAGAGGAGCAAGGUGAAAGAUUUCUUCAAAGGGAGGCUGCGCAAGUCGUCCGACACCAGGUCAUGCUCGUCCCUGGCCUCAGAGAGCAGUGUGUCCUCGAUGGCCAGUGAUAACCCCGGGCCUCCGCCCAGCCUGGAUCUGAUGUCGGACCCUCCCAGCUCUCCCAUCUACACUAGCAAAGUGAGGGUGGACACCCAUUACGGAGAGACAGAUUUAGCUAAAAAAGUGCUCACCAGCCAGCACACCACAAAGGUUCUCACACACAAGCGAGCCUUCAGCGAUGAAGCCAGUAAGAUCACGACGGCCUUCCCUCGACCAAAUCUUGCAGUGGAGUCUCUGAAAGGUCAAACCAUGACUCAGUCCAAGUCUUCUUUGUGUAUAAAUGGCAGCCACGUCUACGACUCCGAGCCGUCGACUCCAAGGUGCUCAGGAGCCCAUCAGUCCAAGCUGGUCCUGCUGGAGAAGUGCUCCCCGCUGUCUCGAUCCCUGCAGAACCUCACCAAGGACAGAGGUUCCUCUGCAGAGGGCCGACGUUGGUCCUUCGACAAGACGAAGAAAGAGGAAAAGGAGGAAGGAAAGGAAGCUCAGGCAUCGUCUCCUCCAAAUCAGCAAGGGGGUCGCCCUGGGCAGGCGGAGAUGCCGGUUGUCUCGUCUGCUGCCGUUUCACCCGACAAAGGGAGGAAGCUAAGAAAGACGUUAUUCUCUGGAGGGAGGAGUGAUUCUUUGCCGGCUAAGUCGGACCUGAACCAGGCUGGUUCGACAUCUGAGGGGAAGCUCAGAGGCUGGUUUGGCUCCGGUGAAUCCCAGAACAAGCCAAGGCUGGAAGUUUCUCCUAAGGUAGAAAGCAGCUCAGACGUUCCCCCUCCCCUCCCUCCUCGCUCCCCCGUACCCUCUCAGUGCUCACCUCCCUCUGCCUCCCCCUCCGGCCAUGUCUCACCUGACGAUUGCAAUCACACCAAUCCCUUCACCCACUCUCCCUCUCCCACCUCCACCCCGAUCUCCCCCUCCAACCCUUUCCCCUCAUAUAUGCAGCGCAACCCCUUUUUUGAGGAUCUCAUAGCAGAAGAGUCUCAGAGGUCCCCACCUUUUGGCUCCUCACCCUUUCAUUACACCACUCUGCCCUCCCAACCCUGCGCUCCCAGCCCUGCUCAUGAUGUUAAAGCUACAAAUAUGGCUUACAUAAAGCGGGAGCGCCCCAGGCCGGUAGCUAGACAGGUAUCACUACCUGCGUUAUUACCCAAAGCAGCUACACCUAACCCCUCCGCCCCUCGCUCCAUGUCAGAGAGUGCAGGAGAGUCGGACGACUCGUUUGACGCCUUUGCCUCCAGCAGGCUUAACUCACCUAAAAGGAGUCUUCCUCAGAAGCAGCUGAGAACCAGUCCAACUUCAUCUAAUAGACCAAGUUAUCUUCCAGUUAAUAACAGCACAAAUAAUAAUGCACAAGAGCUGCAAACAUGCGAGGAGGAGCCUCCACCUUUGCCUCCACGGAAACUGUUACGAACUUCGGUGAACGAGAUUUACUCUCAUGGCUGGCUGCACAGAGGUCAAGAGCUGGCCGUCCAUAAAGAAGCCUACCUGCUCUCGCAGACGGGCGUGGCCUCGCUGCAGCGUGGAAGAGAGGGAGAAAGCAAAAGAAACAGUGUAUCUCCAGACCCUCACAGCUGCAGCGAGACCUCCGACUCCCUCAGCGUUCCCUCUCAGCCAUGCACAAAUGUUACUUCACCUGGAUUCGUGUCAGAAGAAAAGCUCAAAAAGUUCAAAUAUGAACCUCUGGAGGAUCAAACCGACCACUGGGGAGGGAUGUUGUUUGAGCAGGACUUGUAUGGACGCAUGUGCAGAGGAAACUACGGACAACCCAAAGUAAAUCGUUUAUCGUUGAGCGCUGAAGAAACUGCUGGAAAUAAGAUCACAUCUAUGAACUCAGGACCUAAAAUAUGUCUUAAUAGUGAGACAUAUGUUGCAGAUAUUUUGAAUAUGCCACUUACUACUUCCUCAAAGUCAGAUGCAAAAGCACUUGAUGUUACAACCUCUCCAGCAGAGGAGGCGGAGUCUUAUCCACCUGAAACCACAUGCAUCAACAAUAAUGUGUCCUUCUCAUUUACCUUAGAGGAUCUGAACAUGAAUGUGAAUAACUCAGACUUUGAUUUCAUAGAUUCAGAUGGCUCUUCUCAGUCAGAGGUAGUUGACGCUCUCAAAGGCAUCAAGAGUUUUGGUGGGACUUUUCCACAACAGACAGAAGCUUCACAGAUAGCUGCUUACCAUGUAGAGACAGCGACCAUGCCUGAGGAUGUGUUCACCUUAAAGGACACCUACAUACCUGAGAUGAACUCUUCCUUUGAAAUACCUGCUUCCUCUAACAAACUGUACAAAGUCUCUCCAGUUUGCAAAGAAAACUGUGAACUAGAUAAUGUGGCGUCGAAUUGUUCCUCUGGGGUGAACAGUAGAGAGAUCGCUGCUUUCUCGUCACAAAAUCAAACAUCUGAUGCAGCCAAUUUUGGAACUGAAACCAGUGAAGUUUUAUCAAGAAGUUUAGGGGAUUUAAAAAAGACACAAAAUGACUUUGACGGUAAUGGAAAUCCACAAACUAAAACAGGCUCACUAAACCAGAAGGAGACAUUUCCUGGUGUGGUGAGUGCACGUUUCAGACCAAAAGGAGUCUCCCGACAGAACAGCAGCGGCAGCCUGAGCAACCACAGCAAAGGUGGAGACGGAGAAUUCGAACAGUUCUUGUCCCUCGUUCAAAACAUUUCAGAAGUCAGCGAAGGACCUUUGUCAUACGCGCCCUCCAAAUCAGCUCUUUCGUCCUUAAUGGCACUAGUAGAUAACACCACAUAUCCCGAUGGUCCCAACACUACAUCACUGAUAUCUUCAAAAGACGACACAACAGUAUCAGGGAAACCCUCUGAUAUCACUUUUGAAGACCUUCACGCUCAGGUAGCACCAAACUCCAGAACCCCAUCAAAGUCAAAGAUUGGGCAAUCUUUGCAGGAACAAUCAUCCUCCUCCAUCCCGCACGCAAUCUCCCUGUCAGCUGACGCUCAGGCUGCGCUCCACCCUACCCCUGUCUGUUGCCCCUCCAUACAUACCUCAAGCAUGGGGCCCAGCACCGCUCUGGCUCUUGCCCCCUACACCUCCUCCUCCUCUACCUCCUCCUACUCCACCACCUCCACCACUGACCGGCCCCUGGUCGAUGCACGGCACUCACUUUUGCCUGAGGAGACUCAGCCAGCUAGCAGCCUGCCCCGUCAGGAGAGCAGAACUCAUCCAGUGAAGCCGUUGACCUCCAGUCAAUCGGAGAAGAAGGACGGUCGUUCUGUUCUGGAGAAGCUGAAAUCAACCAUCAACCCUGGACGCUGCGCCCAGCAGGUCGCUGCAGAACCUGAGAGUCCGGAGGUGCCAGUGGACAACUCGGCCCAGUACCAGCACCUGACCAACAUGGAGCUGAUCUCGCUGCUGCUGCAGCAGGAGAUGGACAUGCAGAAGCAGGAGGCGGCCUCCGAGCGGCAGGCGGCGCAGCUUCACAAAUGUGAGACGGAGCUGAAGAAGGUCAAGUUACAGGUUCGAGACCUGGAGGACUACAUAGAUAAUCUCUUACUGCGGAUCAUGGAGCAGACACCAACGCUGCUUCAAGUUCGGAAUAGACACAAGUGACGACAGUGUGAGUGUGUGUGCUGCACAUGACGUAUGAUCCUGCAGAAUACUGUUUCCUCCAGAGUGGGUGCAAAAAAACGGUUAUUAUUUAAGAUUGGGAAUCGCUAUUCUAGAGACAGUGACAUUCAAACUGAUGCUCCACGAAAUCUGAUCUCACAAACACCCAGGUUUUUCUCACUGCUAAUACUGCCUUGUUGACGUAGACACAAUAUUACCCAACAUGCAUGCUGGUUACUAUCCCAAUUUGGCACGAACAGAAAACUGAAUAAAUACGAGCUUCCAUCAAAACAAAAUGAUAAUUUUACUCAUGCUUUGUAGAAUAAUUAAAGGUAGUCAGCUGUUGUCAAUUUAAACUUUAAUCUCACUGCUUUCACACAUGCAUAAAAUAAUAUACAGGCUUGAGAAAAUAAUUUUCACUUUGUGGAUUAAAGAAGUUCCUCUGUCAAAAUAUGCUGUUAGCUCAAGUAACUUUGAAAUUACAGCUGUUAAAGUGCAAAUAAUGUCAUGUUGACACAAGGUUUUCAUCUCAAACUGUUUCAUGAAAAGCCAAGGUUAACUUGAGGUAAGUGCAUAUUUUCAAAUAGAAUUUAAGAAACUCUACAAAAAAGAAGCAAGAUCUCAUAAAAUGUGAAUACUUUAAAAAGAGACGUUUCUGCAUUAACAUCUUUCUAUGAUAGGCAAAAAACAAUAUUCACGUUUGAGCUUGAAAAGACUAAAAACGAUGAAGACUCAUUAUUUGUGUUUUGUUUCUUUGUUUUCAUUUAAAAAAAAAUGUUGUUAAUAUAUUGUUAUUUUUUUUCCCUUCUGAAUUUUGUGUUUGUUGAAAUACUAACAUUUUACUGUAGAAAUAACAGCAUCAAUGCAAUAGAUAAGAUUAUUAUAAGUUAUUUCUAUAAAAUACUUUUGUGAUGAUAAUAUAUUAUCUAAUGCCACUCUAGUACCACUGUAGCUACUUGCAAUGCUUUACAUGACCGCAGUACUGUACUGUAUGAAAAUAAAAUACACC